AUGAUGCACCGGUCUGACAGCGAAAGGAGUGGUGGAAGGCCCUACUCUACUAACAAUCCCUUCAGAACUGCAUCCGUAGAUGCCGAAUUAAACCAACACAGGUCGGACCAGGACUUUCAAGAUUGGGUGUCGUCAAACACCGUUUACAUGCCCUCUUCUGCCAGAAACAACAGAUCAACACUGAGUUUCACCGAUAGCAUAGGAGAAGACACACAAAGGUAUGCAUCUCCUACCCAUUCGACCCAUAGAGAUAGUUAUAGAAUGACACCUCCACCACGUCCGGCAUCUAACAACCCAUUUCUGGACGAUAUUAGCUCAUCUGCUGGAGAUAGCUUGAGCAGUGAUUCUCCACAGUUCCCACCCGAGUAUACGAAUAACGCCAGCAACCAUCCUACUGCACAAGAAGAAAAGUCUCGAUUGAGGCAAAAGUAUAUGGAACAACGGAAUGUUUCAGAUGGAACCGGAAAUGACCUGCCUCCAUCCUACGAGGAAGUUGCAGGUAGCAAGGCGAAAAACGCGCCUUACCCCAGAGAGAAAUCCAGUCGAGAUGGUGUUGGUAGGCAUAACUCGGAUUCCAGGUAUAAUUCUCGCUCAGGCAGCCAUCGCGAGUCUGGCGAAAAAUCGUUAUCGCAUCGUCGCCGUGAGGGAAGUGACCGUCAUAACGAAUCCAGUCGCCAACGUGACGCAUCUGAUCGUCAUAGGCGCAGGUCUGGAAGAGACAAGAGCCAUUCCAGUUCUGGCAAAAAGGUUAUUCCCAAGAAUGUUGACACCAUAGAUAAACUGGAUGUUACAGGCCUAUUUGGAGGAGCUUUUCACCAUGAUGGGCCCUUCGACGCUUGUACCCCACACCGUAAUAGAGACACCAAGGCAGCACCAGUACUGGCUUUCCCUGCCGAUGGACCCAACUCAUCUAUAUCGGGCGCUACUGCCAGCAAGUCUGCUAUGAAUGAAGUGUUUGGCCGAGAUGACAUAGACGAUGAUGAUGGUUAUUUAUAUGGGAAGUCAAGGUUUUCCCGUGCUAACAACAGUUCUAAUACGGUCGAUGCCAUCAAGCCUAACUUAGAUGGUAUCACGCAAUUUGAUACUAACGCUAAAACGGAACUUGUACAUGGCCCCACCACAGUAGGCCUUGGCUCGACCACAUUUCUGGAUGGUGCUCCAGCUGGUUCAGCUGCUAUUCGCGAGGAUGCGGCUCACAACGCCCAUGGCAUACAGAGAAAAAAAUCACUUAGUCAAAGAUUAAGAAAUGGGGCCGGUAACGGCAAUGCCGAAGGCAGAACGAAUGGUGAGUCCUAUAGGCGAGAACCUUUGAAAUUGGCCAAAACACACUCCGGACAUUUGGAGUAUGAUGAUCCAGAACAACACGAAGAUGUAUAUUUAGGCGUGCGCGUUGACCCCAUGGCGAAAAAGGAGUCGACUGGUAAUAAGCUUCUAAGAAGAGUCAAGAGUUUAAAGGUCAGUAGGAAGAGCUGA